UGGGGUGAGGCCGCCGCGGCUGGGCUGGUUGGGACUGUGUCUGUGGGAGGCGCCGGGGUGAUGGCGGUGGAGACGCUGUCCCCAGACUGGGAGUUUGACCGCGUUGACGACGGCUCGCAGAAAAUUCAUGCUGAAGUCCAGCUUAAGAAUUAUGGGAAAUUUCUUGAGGAAUAUACAUCUCAGUUGAGAAGAAUUGAGGAUGCGCUGGAUGACUCAAUUGGAGAUGUUUGGGAUUUCAAUCUUGAUCCUAUUGCAUUAAAGCUUUUGCCUUAUGAACAGUCAUCCCUUUUGGAACUCAUAAAGACUGAAAACAAGGUCUUAAACAAAGUCAUUACUGUUUAUGCUGCACUUUGUUGUGAAAUCAAGAAAUUAAAAUAUGAGGCUGAAACUAAAUUUUAUAAUGGUCUCUUAUUCUAUGGAGAAGGAGCCACAGAUUCUAGCAUGGUGGAAGGUGAUUGCCAAAUUCAGAUGGGGCGAUUUAUUUCUUUCUUACAGGAACUGUCUUGUUUUGUUACGAGAUGCUACGAAGUAGUGAUGAAUGUAGUCCAUCAGUUGGCGGCCCUCUAUAUCAGUAACAAGGUUGCACCCAAAAUUAUAGAGACAACUGGAGUUCAUUUUCAGACUAUGUAUGAACACUUGGGAGAACUGCUAACGGUUUUGCUUACCCUGGAUGAAAUUAUUGAUAACCAUAUCACACUGAAAGACCACUGGACUAUGUACAAAAGGUUACUGAAAUCUGUCCAUCACAAUCCUUCAAAAUUUGGAAUUCAAGAAGAAAAACUAAAGCCAUUUGAAAAGUUCUUACUGAAGCUGGAAGGACAGUUACUUGAUGGAACAGUAUUCCAAGCCUGCAUAGAACAACAGUUUGAUUCUCUCAAUGGAGGAGUGUCUGUGUCAAAAAAUAGCACUUUUGCUGAAGAAUUUGCACAUAGUAUUCGCUCAAUUUUUGCAAAUGUAGAAGCCAAACUUGGAGAACCUUCUGAAAUUGACCAGAGAGAAAAAUAUGUUGGAAUUUGUGGACUCUUUGUACUGCACUUUCAAAUUUUUCGAACUGUAGAUAAAAAGUUUUAUAAGUCUUUAUUGGACAUUUGUAAGAAGGUACCAGCCAUCACCCUAACUGCUAAUAUUAUUUGGUUUCCUGAUAAUUUUCUGAUUCAUAAAAUACCAGCAGCUGCCAAACUUCUAGACAGAAAAAGUCUUCAAGCCAUUAAAGUACACAGGGACACUUUCCUACAACAUAAAGCUCAGUCACUUACCAAAGAUGUACAGUCUUACUACGUCUUUGUGAGUUCAUGGAUGAUGAAAAUGGAAUCUAUUUUAUCUAAAGAACAAAGAAUGGAUAAAUUUGCCGAAGACCUCACCAAUAGAUGUAAUGUUUUUAUACAGGGUUUCUUAUAUGCGUAUAGUAUUAGUACCAUUAUUAAAACAACAAUGAAUCUCUACAUGUCCAUGCAGAAACCAAUGACCAAAACCUCAGUUAAGGCAUUAUGCAGGCUUGUUGAACUUCUCAAGGCAAUAGAGCAUAUGUUCUAUAGGAGAAGCAUGGUUGUGGCUGAUUCAGUUUCACAUAUAACACAGCACCUUCAGCAUCAGGCUCUUAAUUCUAUUUCUGUGGCCAAGAAAAGGGUCAUUUCUGACAAAAAAUACAGCGAACAGCGUCUUGAUGUGCUCUCUGCUUUAGUUCUGGCUGAAAACACCCUAAAUGGACCAAGCACAAAACAACGGCGACUUAUUGUGUCUUUGGCGCUAAGUGUUGGCACACAAAUGAAAACAUUUAAAGAUGAAGAACUCUUUCCACUUCAAGUAGUCAUGAAAAAACUGGAUCUUAUCAGUGAACUUAGAGAACGAGUCCAAACACAGUGUGACUGUUGUUUUUUAUACUGGCACCGAGCUGUCUUUCCAAUUUAUUUGGAUGAUGUGUAUGAAAAUGCUGUUGAUGCAGCCAGGUUACAUUACAUGUUCAGUGCUUUACGAGACUGUGUACCUGCAAUGAUGCAUGCAAGGCAUUUAGAGUCCCAUGAGAUACUCCUGGAUUGCUAUGACAAGGAAAUUAUGGAAAUUUUAAAUGAGCAUUUGCUGGACAAGUUGUGCAAAGAAAUAGAGAAAGAUCUGCGACUUUCUGUGCAUACUCAUUUAAAGCUGGAUGACCGGAACCCUUUCAAAGUUGGCAUGAAAGACCUGGCCCUUUUUUUCUCCCUGAAUCCAAUUCGGUUUUUCGAUCGUUUCAUUGAUAUUCGAGCUUAUGUAACUCACUACUUAGACAAGACUUUCUACAAUCUAACAACAGUAGCUCUUCAUGACUGGGCAACUUACAGUGAAAUGAGAAAUUUAGCUACUCAGCGUUAUGGAUUGGUUAUGACGGAGGCACAUCUUCCUAGUCAGACUUUGGAACAGGGCCUUGAUGUGUUGGAAAUUAUGAGAAACAUUCAUAUUUUUGUGUCUCGAUACCUCUAUAAUCUCAACAAUCAGAUUUUUAUUGAACGAACAAGCAAUAACAAACAUUUGAAUACUAUUAAUAUUCGACAUAUUGCUAAUUCAAUUCGAACACAUGGCACAGGAAUCAUGAAUACAACAGUUAAUUUCACUUACCAGUUUUUGAAAAAGAAGUUCUAUAUAUUUAGCCAAUUUAUGUAUGAUGAACAUAUCAAGUCCAGAUUGAUUAAAGAUAUUCGGUUUUUCAGGGAAAUCAAAGACCAAAAUGAUCAUAAGUAUCCCUUUGAUAGAGCAGAAAAAUUUAAUCGUGGCAUUAGAAAACUUGGAAUAACACCAGAAGGACAGAGCUACCUUGAUCAGUUCAGGCAACUCAUCAGCCAGAUUGGUAAUGCUAUGGGCUAUGUACGAAUGAUAAGAUCUGGUGGUCUUCAUUGUAGCAGCAAUGCCAUUAGGUUUGUGCCUGAUCUUGAAGAUAUUGUAAAUUUCGAAGAACUAGUAAAAGAAGAAGGUCUAGCAGAAGAAACAUUAAAAGCAGCGAGGCAUUUGGAUUCAGUCCUUAGUGAUCACACACGAAAUUCUGCUGAAGGUACAGAAUACUUCAAAAUGCUUGUUGAUGUUUUUGCUCCAGAAUUUCGAAGGCCAAAGAAUAUACAUCUCCGAAAUUUUUAUAUUAUUGUUCCUCCUCUGACCCUCAACUUUGUAGAGCAUUCCAUUAGUUGCAAGGAGAAACUGAAUAAAAAAAAUAAAAUUGGAGCUGCUUUUACCGAUGAUGGCUUUGCCAUGGGUGUGGCAUACAUUCUAAAGCUUUUGGACCAGUACCAGGAAUUUGAUUCACUUCAUUGGUUCCAGUCUGUGAGAGAGAAAUACCUGAAGGAGAUAAGAGCAGUUGCUAAGCAACAGAAUGUGCAGUCAGCUAGUCAAGAUGAAAAACUACUACAAACUAUGAAUCUUACUCAGAAACGGCUGGAUGUCUAUCUGCAGGAAUUUGAAUUGCUGUAUUUCUCACUGAGCAGUGCAAGAAUUUUCUUCAGAGCAGACAAGACUGCAGCUGAAGAAAACCAAGAAAAGAAAGAGAAGGAAGAAGAAACUAAAGCAAGCAAUGGAGACCUGUCCGACAGCACUGUGUCUGCUGAUCCUGUUGUGAAAUGAUCCUGAUAGUAUGUAUUGCUCAUAUGAAAUGACCAGAAUUGUGUCAGUACUUUUGCCAGUGAAAUGGAUGUUAUAAGCUGUUGAUGAAUUGUUUCCUGGGUCACAUCUCUGGAAAAUAUUUAGAUGUUCCAACCCUUUCAGGCAGUGCUCUACGUCCAUUCUGCUUCCAAAUGUUCUACUUUUCAAAGGUCAAGAAUGAGAUUUUAAGAUAGAAUUUUGCCUGGACUUUUGGCUAGGAGAUGUUUCUAGGAACAGUUAUUUGAAGUGAAGUUAUAGAAGGUCAAAUUGGAAUUCUGAAACUGUCACCUCAGCUCUCUUUACAGUCUAUAUGAGUGUCUGUAAUUUGUGUUUGCAUAGGUCUUUGUCCAUAUUUAUCUCAAAAGUCAUUGGAAAAUCAGUGCGUAGCUAUAUACAGCCAGUAAAUACGUUUUAAAAAAGGAAUUGAGCCUGACAUUUGAUACAUACAUAUCAAUAUUCUUAUGAAAAGAAUAUAGGAAGAGGGCUUUAUACUAGAGGUGAGGUACAGUGUGUAUGCACCUUUGUGUACAGUAUACCUGAGGGUCAUUCAUUGUUAAUUUUAUGUGGAUGCACAAGAGCUGCUGAUGUCUUCAAUGACACAUUUUAUAACAAGUUUACAUUGCUUUGAGAACAUUUAACCUCCAACAACUGCUUUAAAUUUAAAAUUUACUAAAUACUCAAAGAAAAUUCAGAUAAAGCCAUAGAGUCCUGCUUGAAGCUUCACUGUGGUUGAAGGCACUAUGUAUGAUAUAAGAAAAAAUUGAAUGAAUUAUUUCUAUUACAUCCAAACUCAGGUUUCUUCUACAUUCGGUUGAUUUGAAGCUUUGCAAUGGUUUUGGCAGACUUUUCCUUUAUAUCAAGUAAAAUCUGAGACACCAGAUUAAAUAAUAAUUGUACUGUGCAGGUUAAAAAAAAUUACCACUGUGAGAAUAAAGCUCUAAUAAAAUAGAUCACUGAUUUAAAAAGUACAGAAAGGUUUUGAGUAAAUGUAGUUUGCAGCAAGCUACUAGCUUUAUUUUUGUAAGGGUGUGUCAGUUAAUAGUGAAAUUAUUAAUGUGACCUUUAAAAAAUAUAAUGAUACCUUUACAAUGAAAACUAAAGUUUAAAACUUUAAGACAAAUAUCAUUUUGGGAAAUGCUUGAUUUUUCUAUUGCACUCGCCUGCUAACCAUUUCUUUGGAUAAAUCUUGCAAAUAAUUCUAACAUUGCUCUUUGAUUCUAGCUUUUGGAAUGGGUGUACAAUGUGCUGUUUGUACUCGCUGGUUAGGGUUGGGUAACAUUCCCAGCCUAAGAUCAAUUCUUCACUGUUGGAAGUCAGAAGAAACGGAAUAUGUAGGAAAUUUUUUUUUUGUUUAUUAUGUAAGCAUGGCUUACAGAAUUAUGGACAGUGGAUAGACUAAAGGCAUUUAAUAUUUGUAAUUCAUACUAACUGUAGAAAUGGCCCUAAAGCAUGCUGCAUAAUUAAUAAUUUAUAUUUUCAUUAUAAAUGUUUAUAUUAUGAUCUUGCAUUCAAUUAUAUCAUAUUAGUCACUAUUUCAUAGCAACAGCAUCAUUUUCUGUUUUUCUUUUCUACUUCCCUGAAAUCUUCUUUUAAUAGGGAUAGAAUUAUGAUUAGAAGAAAUCAGAUGUUCUCUUUUCAUUAUCCCCACAUGUAAAUUAUUUUGUCAGUACUAAGUAAGAGUUCACAUGCUGACCCUCUGGAUGCCUAUAAUUGGAAAGAAGGUGACAUUAUUUUAUCCUUUAAUGUCAUUGCAGUUUGAAAAAAUUUUAAAUUCCUAUAUUUGAAAUAAAAUCUCUGAAAAGAUGAAAUAUUUAAAUGGCAUUAAACUGCAGAGCAACAGGGUUUUCAGUGUCUUCAAAUCUAAGUUAAUAUAUACAUUUGGGUAAUGGUUUUCCUUCUUAACAUAUUAAUGUUAAUAUUUUAAUUUUUUCAGGCAUACUGUAAUUUAAAAAUUAAUGUGAGCAUUUGUUAUAAGUUCACAGAAAACUUACUGAUGUUUAAAUUCUCAGGAAUAAGGACUCACCGUAACAUUGUCAGAUCUAAUUACAUUUUGUAAAUGAUGGUGUUUGUUACCUUACUUGAGUGGGGCUUCUCCCCUCCCCCCAAUUCUAAGAGGAUACAGUAUGUAUAAUAAAACAUUAAUAAAUAUAAUUUUAAAAAUUU